AUGGAAUAUUAUCAAGUAAAGACAAACCGAUUAGUUGAGACUAAUAUUACUUCUGUCAAGAGUAAUGGCUAGGGUUUGACGACUAGAGUGGAGUCUGCAAGUAAUGGGGAGCAAGAUCGGAGAAUUCAAAAUAUUACGAAAUAAAUGCAAAUCUUUUUAAUGGCCAUAGAACUAGAAAGACUUAGUGAAUAAAAUUACAAGUUGUAAUAGAGGUUGAAAAAUAUGGAGGAUCAACAAUUUAAUACAAUGAAUCUUGAAUAAUAGAUUAUAGAUUUGAAAUAGAAAAUGGAUUACUUAGAGCAUUAAUAUGAAACAGUUGUAAUUCAGAAGGAAGAAAUCAAGUACAAUUAUGAAGAAAUAAUUAAAUAUCAUGAGAAAAGCGAAGACAAUUAGAAUCUAUUAAAAAAUGACAUCGAAAAACUAAGAAUUAAAUUAAGAGACUUUGAGGAAUAAAAACAAAAUGAGAUUUUAGCUAUCAUUAAAUAAAAAGAUCUUGAAGCACAAAAAUAAUUGUAAAAACAUUAAUAAGAGAAUGAUUUCAAUUGGAAACAACAAAUGGAAUACAUGGAGAAGGAAUUAUAAAAAUACAAGGAAUUGCAUUACUAAAUCAAAAAGGAAAAUACAGAAUUGAAAACUAUGUUGUAAUAAGAGGAUCUUUCUAAAAAUAGGGAAUUGGAAACAUUAAUAAUUUAAUAUCAAAAUGAUAUAGAUAGGCUUAAUCAUAAUUUGAAUAAAUAUUAGUUAGAAAAUUAAGAUUUGAAAGAACGAAUAUAUAAAGUUGAUUAAAUAGAGGAGGAAUUAUAGAAAUUACUAUAAGAAAACCAAGAUCUUCGUGAGAAUCUGUAAUAAUUAGAAAACGAGAACUAAGAAAAAAAUGUGGAUUGCAAAAUAUUCUAAGAAGAACUUGAAAAAUUAAGAUAUGGUUUAUCAGUAAAAACCUAAGAACUUGAUGAAUAUAAGAUAAAAUCUACCAAGAACAAAAAAUCAUUAGAUGAAAAAUUUGCAAUUAUGCAAUAGGAAAUUGACAGAUUACAAUUUAUUAUUAGAUAAAAGACGACUGAAAUAGAGAAUCUCUAAAAAAGAAUUCACGACAAUUCUACUGAAAAACAAAGAAUGGGAGAAUUGGAAUACCUGUCAAAAUUAAACGAUAAGAAAAAUCAAGAUUUGGAUAAAAGGAAUUAAGAACUAAACUAAAAAUUAAUAGAUUAAACCAAAAAGACAACAGAACUUGAAAAAUAAAAUAAUGAUUAUCUAUCCUUACAUAAUAAACUCAAAGAGAAAUGUGAAGAAUUUGAAGGAAGAUAUAACAAUCUCCUUUAGGAAGUAGAUAAAAUUAACAAAUAACUUGUUUAGAAAGUUUAGGAAAACGAAGGGCUGAAUAAAUAAAUCGCAGAUAGCAGAAUGAAAUUGGCCAAUUAUGAUAGCCAACUUUAAGACUUAUAUGAUUAAAUUAAUAUCCUGGAGUAGGAUAUUGAAAAAUUAAAAAAGUAUGAAGAAAAUUGUAGAGUAUUAUCAUAUGAAAUUGAUAGAUUGAAUAGCCUGGUCGCUCAAUAAGAAGAGGAACUUAAGAAAUGGAGACUAUAGUAUGCAAAUGAAGGAUCGCUAAACAAAAAGAUUAUUGAAUAGUUAUCUAUAAUGUUUGUUCUAAUGAUUGAAAUCGAUAGCUUAAGAAAUUCUAUUGUAUAAAAAGACAAAUAAAUUGAAGAUCUAAGAAACUAAAACUUAGCUCAAUUCAAAGAAAAAAAUAAAUGA